AUGUGUGUUUUUAGGACAUUUAAAAUCAAUCGGUUUCCUCUAAAGCGAGGAUACCAGUUUCUUAACUGGGAGAUGUAUGUGCGCUCAACGAAGCGUCGUUGCUUCUGCAGUAUUACAUGUGUGUAUGCUGCAGUAUUACAUGUAUGUAUUCUGCAGUAUUACAUGUGUGUAUGCUGCAGUAUUACAUGUGUGUCAGGGAAGCUGCUCCAAGUCACUAUGGAGUCUUCGCCUUGCUUUCAAAAUGAGCUGCUGCUCUGUUACUCCAGCGUCAGGUCUUUGCUCUUUAUCCAGAAGCAGUGCUCCAAGGCCUUGUAA